AGAGAACGGUGCUGCCAACUUAUGCGUUAAUAAGAAUCUGCAAAUUACCGGCGACUGCAUAAAAUUAGUUGGCAGCCUCGAGCACUUUGUGUGUUUGUGCGUAGAGAGCAACGACAAGCAACUACAAGAACAACAGCAACAAUAAUUUUAAAACAAAAGUGAAAAUUUGACAAGGAAUGUAGCUUCUCGAAUGUUCCCACAACAAAUUGGAUACACAGUAGUAGCAACCACACACACACAAGAGAGGAGAGUCUGAGUGAAAGAAGUGCCAUGGAUUUGUUUUGUUGGGGCAAUGCAUCCCAUGGCCAAUUGGGUAUGGGCGGCAUUGAGGAUGAGCAGAUACUUAUACCGAGCCAAAUACCCUGGAAGCCGGAUGCACCAUUGCGUCAGAUAGCCUGUGGACACCGGCACACAUUAUUUUUGACCGCCAAUGGCAAAGUCUAUGCAUGUGGCAACAAUGAUCAGGCCCAGCUGGGACAUAAUUUGCCAACUAAAAGGCCACGUAUGUCGCCAUUUCUCUUAAUACCCGAGCUCCAGAACUAUGUGGUGGUUGCUAUAGCUUGUGGCAGUCGGCAUUCCAUGGCAUUAACCGAAUGGGGUCAAGUCUUAAGUUGGGGCGACAACGAUUGCGGCCAACUGGGUCAAUCCACUGAUCAGAGCAUCAUUGAACUUCCAAAAAUUAUACGAAGUCUUGUGUCCAAGCAUGUUGUGCAGAUUGCCUGUGGCAAUAAUCAUAGUUUGGCUCUUACAAGCUGUGGUGAGCUUUAUUCAUGGGGUUCCAAUAUCUAUGGACAGCUAGGUGUGAAACCACCACAAGAGUUGUCUCAUUGCAAUUAUCCAUUGCGUUUAACUACACUCCUGGGCAUUCCCUUGGCUACCAUUGCAUGUGGCGGCAAUCAUUCUUUCCUGAUCUCAAAGUCCAGCGCUGUAUUUGGCUUUGGCCGCAACAAUUGUGGCCAACUGGGACUUAAUGAUGAGUCAAAUCGUGCAUAUCCCACCCAGCUGAAGACCCUUCGUACACUCGGCGUCCGUUUUGUGGCCUGUGGGGAUGAGUUCUCUGUUUUCCUCACCAAUGAAGGUGGCGUAUUCACUUGUGGCGCUGGCACUUAUGGACAGUUAGGACAUGGUUCCAAUACAAACGAAAUGCUGCCACGCAUGGUCAUGGAGCUAAUGGGUAGUACCAUUACGCAAGUGGCCUGCGGUAAUCGUCAUACGUUGGCUUUAGUUCCAUCACGUGGCCGAGUCUAUGGCUUUGGGCUUGGAAGUUCCGGGCAGUUGGGCAAUAGAAGUACCAACAGUGUCACAUUACCCCAAGAAGUACUUGGUCCAUGGGUAUCACCUAGUGAUUCAGCUCUACUGCAAUCCAAUGAUGCAAAGGCUUCAGUUGUCAUACACCAAAUAUUUUCCGGGGGGGAUCAAUCCAUAGUGACCACUACAUUGUUUGCGGAUAAAGUUUCACCUGCUGAUCUUCGACACUAUAAAACCAAAUCCCAGAUUCUCACUUUGACAGCGGAGGCCACCAAUCAAUGUACCCGUUUCAAGGAGGGAGAUCAAUGUGAUUUGGAUUUGCUAAAUUCUAUGGAGUUAAUAUUCAAAAGUCAGGCUUGUCUAAAUGCAUCAUUUCUUUUGGCAAAUGAUAAACAUGUUGCAUGCUCUAUUCGAAAUCAUGGAUUAGAUCUAAAGGCGGCACAAUUGGCUUUUGAUAAUCUCAGAAAAGUGGAGAACGAGGGCAUCAAGCAGGUGAUCUGGGAUAAUGUGACCAAAGAGUUGAUUGGUUCACUUGUCGCCUCGCCGGCGGAUGUGGAAAGCAUGCGAGUGUAUUUGCUACUACCUCUGUAUCAUGAAUAUGUCAAUUCUAAACAUUACAAGAGCCUCCAUGUGCCCUUCGCCAAAGCCAUCUUCAGAUUGACUGAAAAUCCUCACAAAGUCCUGAAGAAAUGGUGGAGUCAAACGCCCAUGGAAUACUAUGAGCAUAUGGUCAAUAAUUAUUUGCAUGUGGUCGUUCAUAUAGUUAGUUUUAAAAUGGGUUUAAGUGUCCUAAAUCAUCAAGCAUUGGAAACACAACAGAGGUUGUUGCCCUACAAUUUGGAAUUGGAGGUGAUCUUGAGACUGCUUCAAUAUCUUUCCGUGAUUAACAACGAACGGGAAGAGCGAUUGAACUAUCAACUGUUCCAUUGGACAGAACUCUCCGAUUAUGUGGAUGUGCAGCGAGAAUAUGUACGCUGGAUAAUAUCGGAGAAUCAAAAUGAAUUUAAUAUAUGCAAUUUCCCAUUCCUAUUAAAUGCUUCGGCCAAGACGACAAUGCUCCAGGCGGACCAGGCAUGGCAGAUGCAUUCUGCUAUGACCAGUGCAUCUUUAAGUUUUGAUCUACUUAAUUAUGGACUGCCCACGAUAUCCCAUUACAUUGUUUUAAAUGUGAGUCGGGACAAUAUUGUACAGGAUUCGCUGCGGGAAUUGCAACGAUAUAGUCUCGGUGAUCUCAAAAAGCCACUAAAAAUCAAAUUUCACGGCGAGGAAGCUGAAGAUGCCGGCGGGGUUCGUAAAGAGUUCUUCAUGCUGCUCCUAAAGGAUCUGGUUGAUCCCAAAUAUGGAAUGUUUAAGGUGUUCGAAGAGACCCGGCUUUUAUGGUUCGCUGAUCUUACUUUUGAGACAGAGACCAUGUACUAUUUAAUUGGUAUCCUUUGUGGUCUGGCCAUUUAUAACUUCAUAAUUAUCAAUAUGCCGUUCCCAUUGGCAUUGUAUAAGAAGCUUUUGGGUAAAAAUGUAGAUUUAAGCGAUUUGCGUGAAUUGUCGCCGACAGAAGCUAACUCAUUGCACGCUCUAUUGGACUAUAAUGGAGACAAUUUCGAGGAGACUUUUGAUUUAACAUUUGAAAUCUCUAGAGAAGUUUUUGGGGAAUCAGAGACAAAGUGCCUUAAGCCAAAUGGCAAUGAGAUUGCCGUCACAAUGGAGAAUAGACAAGAGUUUGUUCAACUGUAUGUGGAUUUCGUACUAAACAAAUGCGUAGAGCUGCCAUAUAAUGCCUUCCACAAAGGUUUCAUGAGGGUGUGUUCCGGCCGCAUUAUACAGAUUUUCCAACCUGAGGAGCUAAUGGCCAUGGUGGUGGGAAAUGAAGAAUACGAUUGGCAAGUCUUACAGGAUAAUUGCGAGUACAAAGAAGGCUACACAACUGCCGAUGAUACUAUUAAAUGGUUCUGGGAAGUAUUCCAUGAGCUUUCCGAAGCAGAUAAAAAGAGUUUCCUCCUAUAUUUGACUGGCAGUGAUCGCAUUCCCAUUCAAGGCAUGAAGGCCAUUCGAAUUCAUAUCCAACCAACACUCGAUGAACGGUCUUUGCCCGUGGCUCAUACCUGUUUUAAUCUUUUGGAUCUGCCUCGCUAUAAGACCAAGGAGCGUCUUAAGUACAAAUUGCAACAGGCUAUACAACAAACUCAGGGUUUCAGUCUGGUCUAAUCAGACCUGAUUGAAAUGGGAAGGAAAAUUUGUUUUUCCAUUUAUGCUGCUUUUAGUUUCUCUUAGUAUAUAGACUCCAGAGUACAGGUAUUUUAAUUUUUUUCGAAGUCAUCUAUUUUUUGUUUUAUUUUCUGAGAAUUAUCCAAUUUCAAAAAGGAAGGGAAAUCAGAGUAUACACUUACACACAUUUAUCAUCGAUCAAAUCAAAUGAAUAAUAUUGUGUUAUAGCUUUAAACGAAGAAAACAAAAAACAUAAUCUAGCAUAAUAAUUCAUUGUUGUAACAAAUACAAAGAAACAAAUAUAUGUAUACAAUGUCAAAUUUGAAAAUAAUUAUGUCGAAGAUUCUAAGACUUGCUUUGCUCCCAUCAAUAAUGUUUAAUUGUGCAGUUUUCCAUCAAUUUGCACAAAAACAAAUAUUGAAGCUGUUAUUGUUUCAAUAUACUUUUGUAAACAAAUAGUUUUUAGUUUUUAAUAAAAAGUGAAGAAGA